GUACUCUCGUACUUCUUUACAUACAAUUUCUCUCUCUCUCUCUCUCUCUCUUUCUCUCUCUCGUUAUCAUAUCUUGGUAGCUACAUCAAAUAGUUCCCAUAGUUUCAACAUCAAACCCAUAAUCAUAUUACCUCUUUCUCUUUCUCUUUUUCUUCAAGAAUGUCCAUAAACCAUUACCCAACAGAGCUUCAAGAUACGCUCUGGUGCCACCAGCAACAAAACAUGGAGGCAACCCAAAACAACCAAUCUCCUAACCACCAUAACCCUCCUUUUCUUCCUCACCAAAACACUUCUUGGACUACUUCUCAUCAUAAUCAUCGGUACCAGCACCAUGUUCAACCUAAUUGGCUCGCCUCCUCCUACAACCUUCACUACCCGCCGCAAGAGGAAUCCUCUUCCAUCUUCAUGAUGCCUACUCCUCAAAACGACGACGUCGAAGACCUCGACGACGCUCCCACCACCCACCAAGAUCAUCAAAACUAUAAUUACCACCAUGUUAGAGUAGAGGAUGCGGAGAAGGAGGCCUUGUUCGAGAAACCCUUGACUCCAAGCGACGUGGGAAAGCUCAACCGCCUGGUCAUACCCAAACAGCACGCCGAGAAGUACUUCCCACUCAGCGGAGGUGACUCGGGGGAAAAGGGCCUGCUUCUGAGUUUCGAGGACGAGUUGGGAAAGUGCUGGAGGUUUCGUUACUCCUACUGGAACAGCAGCCAGAGCUACGUCCUCACUAAAGGCUGGAGUAGGUACGUGAAGGAGAAGCAGCUCGACGCCGGCGACGUCGUUUUCUUCCUACGUCACCGUUCGGAAACCGAGAGGCUUUUCAUUGGGUGGCGCCGCCGCAGCUCCUUACCCCUGCCUUCGGCGCAGGACUGCGGCAAUACGCCAGCGUAUAGUAGCGGUGGUACUGGUGGGUGGAAUAGGCAAGGAUUGGCGCCUUAUCAUUCUGGACACAGUGGUAUCCAGGGCAUAGGGCCUAAUACGGUGCCGUACCGGAUUGACUCUCUCCGUGCAGGAGGCGUUAUUCAGGGGCAGACACCGGUUGUAGGGAACUCGAAAAGGCUGAGGCUGUUUGGAGUAAACUUGGAGUGCCAGCUGGAUGAGUCCGAACCAUCCACACCUGAUGGCUCGUCAGUGUCGAGCCACGGCCCAGCCCACCUCCCCUUAUACGCUCAACCAUAUUCUUCUCCUUCCUACAUGGAUAUCACUUACCCCCGAGAUGUCAAUCAGACGAGCAAUCGCCGAGGAUAAGAUCUGUCGAUGUGACCCCAUGGAUUUGACGUAAUUCAUCCUCUCACUUGGAAAGUUCAGGAGACAGAGAGAGAGAGAAUAGAAUAAAGAAAUAUAUAUGUAUCAGCUACUAUAUAUGUUUAUGAAAAAAAGAGAACAUAUAUAUAUAUAUAAAGGGAGGAAAUCCCAGAUAUAUAGGCAAACUUUCCAAGAGGCAGGAGAGGGAGAGGAUUGGACAGCGAUGAGAGCGAGAAAGUGACUAAAGAGGGAGAAAUAGGGGGAAUGGUGGGGGGGGAGUGGGGAGGGGGGACCCCUAAAGCAAAUAGUUUCAAUGAUCAAAUCAGCAGCGUCCUCCAUUCUCCCACGAUGAAAAUAUGUAUUUUUAGAAAAAAAAAAAAAGGAAAAAAUGAUGGGUUGGUUUGGUUUUGGGGGAAUCUAUUUGGGAACUGUUGAGAUUCUGAGUGGAGAUUUUUGAUAGGAGAAGGGAAGAAGAGAGAAGCAAAUAAUAAUAAUGGAAGGGUAUGGGGGUAUGGUGGUGGUAAAAUGGUGGAGUGGGUGGGUGGGUGUAGUGGGUAAUCUUGAAUUGAAUUGAUGGUUGACAGCCCUUACAGUGUCCAGUCCAGUAUCAUCGUCCCACUCCUAGCUUUUCUAGUAAUAUCUAUGGCCACAUGAACAAAGCCAAAAAGCUCUCUUCUUUCCUCUACUGUAACCUGCACAGUAAAAGAAAAGCUCAGAAGAAAACAGAGAAAAGUUUCAAGCUCUUUCUUUUUUUUUUUUGGCUUUCUUUUACUAAUUUAUUAUUGUAAUUUUUUUGUUGCAAGAAACCUCAGACAGAAAAUCUUUAACCCA